CAAUGUUUUGAAUAAUUCUUUUAACUACAGUCAUGUAGACCCAUUUUCCAUGACCCAGAAGUACCAUAAUACCAUUCUUUCAAUUGCUUACCAGACCAAGCAUGGAAGCUACCGGGGAAAAAGCAUGGCAUUUUCUGCAUGUGGUUCGGAAUAUGGAAGCAAAUUCUAUGCUAUUUAAUUAUGGCAUAACAACCACCUUGUGUCUUCAUUAAUCCCUAUGCAAAUCUCCAACCUAGAAGAUUAACCAUGUCCCUUUGUAAGUACCCUGAGGCUGAAAUAGUACCCCUUUAUAUACCUUUCUGAUCUAUUGACAUAUUCACCCUCCAAGCAAAACAUUUUUAUUCUUAUUUUGCUCCAUCUCUUUAGAUCAUCACAACUUCAGAGGCUUGGUUUUAGGAUUCAACUUCCAAAGGCUUACUCUAACAUAUCUCUGAUUGAAGGGGUUCUGUGAGUUUCUUGUUUUAGUUUGAGCUUUGUUUGGUAGACUUGUCAAGGGGGAAUUGCAGUUUCUGAUUUGUGAAACUACAAAAAAUUGAAUUUAGAACUGAUAAAGGGUCUAAUAGAAGAGUUACCACCAUAUCAUGUUAUACCAAACUAGCAUUAGAAUUUAUCAUGAUCCUUAUGGAUAUUUGUUAGUAAUGUUCUUAGUUCUUAUAUAGUACUAGAAAGUGGUGCUUGAAAUUUCAACUACUAUUAUUGGUGUAGAGGCUCAAUCGAGUUAAAAGUGAGAAAGCAAUUAAAAGUCUUUGAAGUGAAUUUGGAUCAAUGGUUUCUUCUGUGUUUACCCUUAUGUGUGUUCUUCAUUCUACAAUAGCUCUAACUUGUGGAGCUUUGAUGAUAUUCUACUCCAAAGAGAUCUCUGUGCUUGGCCAUGGAUCUGAGACCGCGAGCAAGCUUCAAGGGACAACACCCCAUGAUCAGCUUCUGAUUGACACCUCUGAUUCCUUCUCUGGAUUGUUGUUGUUCACAAUAGGGUUCCUUCUGUUGAUGGUUGCUUUUGUUAAGGACAGAGAAUUUCAGAGUUUCUUUGCCAAAGGGUGUGUGAUGCUUCACAUCUCCAUGGCAGUGUGGAGAUUCUUCUUUGAGAGGAAGCUUGGGGAUCUUGCACAUGAGUGGCCUAGGCAUGCUGUUGGGGACAUUGCAUUGGCCAUUUCAUGGGUCUUCUUUCUUGUGUACACAUGGAGAGAGAAAUAUGAUUAGUUAAUUUAUUUAUUUAUUUUUAGCAAAGUUAUGGUGCUUGUGGUUGUGGAAACAACAUGGCUUCAAGAAAGGUCAAUUGUUUUGUUUUAGUUGGAAGGAACCAAUAUUUUCAGGGUUGUUUGGGCAUUUCAAAAGGGACAAAUUGAGCUCAAAUUGGCCUUGUGAAUGCUCAAAUUCUUGACAUAAAUGGAGAACCAUUACAUGAGUUCUGGUCUUCUUCAAAGAGAGAAUGGAAGAGCUUGUUGAGUCAACUUUCUGGUUCUGAGGUGCACAGAUUCAUUAUUUAGAAUCUGGGUUGGAAACUUUUCCUUGAUUGCUUCAAUUUCAAUUGGGGAGCUCCAGUAAUUUGUGAAAACUUCAUUUUUCUAGUGAGUCCUUAAAAAAAUGUACCAGCUUUUUACCCCCCUUUCUGGCUUCAAUUGUGAAAGUUCUGAAUUUAUAUUUUUCCUGUUUUGCAUCCAUAACAUUGGUGCAGGUAUGUCUAUUUAGGAUUUGGCAUAUUGCUGAGUCCAAUCACUAGGGAGGGUGGCAUCCUUAUGUUGAGAAAAAUACCUUUUCAAAUUGAGUGAGGAUAGCAAGGAAUUUUUCCCUCUUGGUUCAACUUCAAGCCAUGUCUUUCAGGAUGCUGAUUUGUUCUUUUUCUAGUUGUUUUCUCUUUUCUUUUAUCUAAAGUAGAUGCUCUCAUUUAACACAAUCGCCAAUUUUGUUGUAAUUUGUUAGUGUUGUAAAGAAUAAAGGUCUUAACUUUUAAAGUCA